AAUCUAUAUAAAGUGCAGACGCUAGUUAAUUAGACAUUAGUCGACCCAGAGCUGGAGAAGACUCUUUACAAGGUCAUCUAUAAUUUACAUCGAAACAUUCAAAGAUGAUCUCCACAAUAUUACCACUGUUUUUUGUAGCACUUGUAACAGCAAUUGAUGAACAGCUGCUUUGCUAUUACUGUGAAGAUUGCAGCUUAUCCGAUCCAGUUAUUCAACCAUGUGGUUUCGCUAUUCCUUCCGAGACUACACCGGCACUUACCCUCCCACCCAACGGCGAUGGAGGUACUAACACACUUUACCCCCAGUACCCUUCGGAUGGUGUUCAAAACCCCAGUUUGACUACUCCAACGACGCCGUUGUGGAACAAUGGUGGAACCAACAACGGUGGGGUCAUCAUAACCACAUUAUGGCCCGGAAUGGGUUCAUCGCAAAUAGUGAACGGUGGUGGAUCCAACAAUGGCGGAGUCCUCACUACAAUAUGGCCAGGAAUGGCUUCAUCGCAGUUAGUAAAUGGUGGAACUAUCAACGGUGGAGGUUUACUAACUACAGUUUGGCCCGGACAGAGGAUGCCAGCGAAGCGAGAUAAUAAACCGACUCAUGAUAAUAAUUACCUAUGCGUUACAACGCAAUCGACCGUUGGCAAUCAUCAAGUGAUAGGUCGAGGAUGUGCCCGACAAGGUCGCAGCAAAAUCGAAACAUGUAACGAAAUUACCAAAGGAAACGUUCAGUCGUGCACGCUAUGUAGUUCACCACUUUGCAAUAAUGAAUAGUAAUAUACAGCAGUUCAUAAACUUUCUAUGUAAGAUAUAUCAUAAAUAAGAAAAUAAAUAUUAUCCAACCCUAUAAACAAGAA